CAAACACGUCCAGUUUGCUCUAUAACGUAGCGUCAUGAGGAUGAUCUUUGUACACAUCAUGUAUCCGUUUCUUUAAUAUUUAUUGUUGUACCACUUAUAAUAAAUAAUCAAAUAUUUAAUAAGCUAUGAUCGAGUUUUAAAAUGAUUUCAAAGAUAUUUUGUAUAACGUUGGUGAUCUUUUUAAGUGGCAAAAGUGCAAAUGGACAACUUUAUGAAGGCGAUGAAUGUGUGAUCCAAAAAACAAAUCAAAAGGGCGUAUGUACACUUUUGGCAAAAUGCCCAGUUGCAAUGGCAGAAGUUAAAAAACGUAUUUUUCCGACAACAUGCGGUUUCCAGGGAAAUGAAAUAAUAGUAUGCUGUCAAGACCAAAACAUGCCAGAUAUUAUAGCAAAUAGGCAACCAGGUGUCAUUUCUGAGGCUAUGUGCAAGGAGUAUAGCAAAUAUGUAUGGACCGUCGAACUAAGUCCCACCCUAUUAGUAGGCGCAGAAGACAUAAAAAGACGAGAUUGUCCUUUUGACAAAUUGGAACUUGUAGUUGGGGGUCAGCCAGCGUCAAGAAGGGAAUUCCCUCAUAUGGUUCAAUUAGGAUACGAAAGGGAUCCAGUCAAAUGGGGAGCAUGCGCAGGUAGCCUUAUAAGCGACCAGUUUGUCUUGACUGCCGCGCAUUGCUUUGGAGAUCGUUCCUUAGGUGAUCCGCUAUUUGCCAGAAUGGGCCUAACAGAUGUAGAUGAUCCUGAUCAUGUUCAGGAAUUCAGCAUAGUUCAGCAAAUUAUACAUCCAAGUUAUCAAGAACCAGCCCACUAUCAUGACAUUGCCUUAGUAAAAUUGGAAAAGAAAGUGAAUUUAAAUACUUGGGUUCGACCAGCCUGUUUGCACACUAGUAGUCAAUCACCAUGGACAAACGUUAUCGCAACAGGGUGGGGAAGAACAGAAUAUGCCGGAGACGAAAGCACUGAAUUACUUCGAGUAGUAUUAGAACUUUAUAAUCAAACGUGGUGCAAUCGGGUAUUUAAAAGAGAAACGGGAUCUGAUAAACUACGGAAUGGAAUCGUUGAUGAACAGAUGAUUUGCGCAGGUCAUUCGUCUGAAAUAAGAGAUACUUGCCAGGGAGAUUCCGGAGGUCCACUUCAAGCAUACAGGACUGGUGAAAAUAUGUCUUGUAUGUACGAUAUUAUUGGUAUUACCUCAUUUGGUAAAGCCUGUGGACUUGCAGUUAAUAUUCCUGGUGUGUACACAAGGGUUUCAAACUACUUAAAGUGGAUCGAAGAUAAUGUAUGGCCAAGCAAUUAGAAGUUAUUAGUUUCUUUAAUAAUUAAGUACUUAAAUUACAUUUUAAGAGAUACUAAUAUUCACUUGUUAAAGAGGUUUAUCUCGAUAUAUAUUUAAUUCUGUACCAAAAAAUUUAUUGUUAUUUUAUAUGGUAGUUUAGUCUAGUAGUUCUAUAAAUCUAAAAUAACUUUUCAAUAUAAAGAUAAUUAUCUAUAUAAUCACUUAUAUUUUAAAAUGUAAUAGCUUAAAAGUGUGUCUCAUAAUAGAUAAAAAACGAAAAUGAUA